AUGAUCGACCAAUUCUGUAAUGACGAUGAAACAAAAGAUCGAUGCGCUUCAGAAAGGCUCGAUCUGGUCAUUUUGUUUGACAAUUCGGAGAAAACGGCCGCGAAUGCGAAUUCGGCGGCGAAUGCUAAUGCGUUCUUGAUUUUGGACAUUCUGGUACCCAGAAAUCGAGUGCCUAGCCGUGGACUCAUCAUCGGACACACACAUUCGCAGCCUCGCCAAGCUCACCGGCUCUCGGGAUCGCGUUUUCGAGUU